AUGGCUUCCUUCUCCGGUGCUCUCCACCGGCCCCUUUCUGCAGCGGCCGCUGUGGCCGUCGCCGCCGUGUCCUCCGAUCUGUCUGAUAGAUUCGCCUCGCCAAAGACCGAUUUCAUUGGACAGGCACCCACCACCGCAGUCUCUUCAAUUCCGACAACGCCGAAGGAGUCAUGGGUCUCUAGGGUUUCCUUCUCAGGUAUAUCGGCUGCGUCAAGGGCUCAGAAUUCGGCUGCUGAGGCCGGGAAUCGGAUCACCGACUUCGCGUCCUUCUCCACAACGUUAGCUUCUCUGCCUGUUGGACCGACCCUGCGCGAGUACAGCAAGCUGGCUAUUUCUCCGCAAUCAGUCGACGUUGCUUCUUCAAAUCUCCUGUCCUCCGAGGAGGUUACGUACCGAUGGCAUCUCCCAAAGGCCAGCUCUUAUGGGUCAUCAGGGAAUCCGGAUUGCAGUGUUGCCAAGUCGCAGAUGGUGGUGGUUUUGCUUGGGUGGCUGGGAGCAAAGCAGAAGCACCUCAAGAGGUAUGCGGAUUGGUACACUUCGAAAGGGUUUCAUGUGGUUACUUUUACCCUUCCUCUGGCGGACGUUGUGAGGUACUACAAGGUGGGAGGGAAAGCUGAACAAGAGAUUGGCUUACUUGCAAAUCAUCUUACGGACUUUUUGACAGAAGAGCGUGAGAAAAACUUAAUUUUUCACACUUUCAGCAAUACGGGAUGGAUAAUGUGAGAAUCCCUUCUCUUUAUUCUUUUACCCUUCACAAUAUUCUCAUACGCAAUCCAUUUUUUCAAGCGUUUCUUGCCUUUUACCUGAUUUUGAUCGUGCUUAAGAUUCUGGUGACCCUAAUUGCAGGUAUGGAGUUAUCCUGGAGAAUUUUCAGAAACAGGAUCCAUCUUUAAUGGAAAGAAUUAUGGGUUGCAUUGUGGACUCAGCUCCCGUUGCCGCUCCUGACCCGCAGGUAUACACAUGCCUCUGUAUCUGGGACUGCUUUGAGAACGAUCUUUGAUAUAAAGGCCAUGAAAACAUUUGUCAUUUGUAUGUGUUCGGGAACGCCUCCACAUGUUUGGAGGUUCACCUUCUCUAUGUUCUCAAUGUUUUUGAUUAUCACAUAAUUUUUUUGGCGACUAUCUUGAUGCUAUUGUGCAAAAUACAGUCUAAAGAGUGACAUAUCCAUUCAUAACUGUUCUAAGUGGAUAUAUUCAUGAAUAGUCUCACGUUCAAAAGAAGAACUAAGUAUCUUAGGUUAAACACGGGAUGUUUUAUUCAUUUUAUUUUGAUUUUUAGUUGAGAAGCCCUUUUUUUUUUGCAGAGUAUUAGAGGAGAUGACUGUGAUUGUAUACUGCAAACUUGAACUGAUGGGUAUCAAAACCUUACAAGCUUGAUUUGCCUGUGAGAGUGAAUGUCAGGAUAAUUCUAUAAAGUCAAGCUGUUGGCUUCGAAAUAUGCUGACCCACUCCACUAAUUGACAACUGGUUUCGAUUUGGGCAGCCUGUUUUUUCACGUAUCCUGCUCUUCAAAAUUUCUCAGCCCACUCUAAUAUAUUGAAUUACCUCUGUCAUUGACGUUUUAAACGUGGUUGUACUGAUAAAUCGGUUUCUCAAUUUAUGGGUGAAUCUGGCCGUUUGUCCAUAAAAUAUGAUUUUUCUAUUUACAAUUUCAACCUAUUGAUAUGAAUCUACGUCCUCUUGUUUUCAUCUUACAAUCGGCCACGGUGUCUGCCGCGUAGAUUUAAAACAUUUGUGAUCUUCCUGUUCACUCAAAAACCUUCAAUUUUCUUUUAAAGGUAUGGGCGUCGGGUUUCUCUGCUGCAUUUCUGAAAAAGCGCAGCAUCGCUACGAAAAACGUGCUGAAGAUUAAUAAUUCAAGCUUGGAGACGUUAUUUGACAGUGCUUCACCAGAUGUCACGCCUGCAGUUGCCGAGACGGCCUUAUUGGGAGUUUUGGAGAAGUUCUUCGAGGUGGUUCUUAGCCUCCCUUCUGUGAAUAGGUAAGCAACUAGUUUGAGGAGAGUUUGACCCUGGGAUCAGAAGGUCUUCGCGCCUAAAGUCGUAUGCUCAUACAAAGUUCAUUACCAUCAAUCACACUGAAGUGGGAAAACUCAUGUUGCGUCGUAAUACAAAUGAAGUUGACCACUUAAAUUUGGGGACAAGCUUCUGUAGUUCUUACUUGCUUAUCUGACUUGUACAGGAGGCUCGCUGACGUCUUUGAUCUGCUGUCGUCAAAGCAGCCGAAAUGCCCACAGCUUUAUGUCUACAGCUCUUCUGACAGGGUUAUUCCAGCAAAAUCUGUGGAAACUUUUGUCGAGGGCCAGAGGAAAGCUGGUUACGAAGUCAGGGCCUUUGACUUCGUGUCCUCUCCCCAUGUUGACCAUUUCCGCAGUCACCCAAAUCUCUACUCCUCCCAGCUGGCCUCCUUCUUGGACGAUUGUGUGCUCACUUGUUGCAAGGGCUGUUCUUAG